AAUACUCUUUCUUCCGGUUUCCUCGAGAUCAACAUGGCAGUACCUGCAGAAUUUACUACCUUGGAUAUUAGUGGAAAAUUCGUCAUGAACAAAUCUUUUAGCGAUUCAACAGAAGAGAUUCUUCGUCUUCAGGGAAUAGGUUGGUUUAAGCGGAAGAUCAUCGCUAAUGGAACAUUGUAUCUGUCGAUCAGGCACUACAAGGGGGACGAUGGUAGUGAACACAUUGAUAUCGACCAAACAUUAUCGCCUGGUGGUAUGGGUAGCAGAGAAGAAAGGAUCCUGGAUUGGUCGGAGAGAAGCAAAGAAGAUAGCCUCUUUGGUGCAGUCAUAGGUCGAUCCAGGAGGCUCGCAGUUGAAGAAAUAGAUGAUGAUUAUCUCAAGACCGGAUGGGAUUCUACAGAACAUGGUCUCAUACAAUCAUACGUUUCAAGUGACACUCCGAAGAGCGGAACUUCUUGGAUUGCUAACCAGAUUUGGGGUGUGGAGGAAAUUGACGGCGUUCGUCGAUACCUCAGGCAUGUUUUCUUUACUGGACCUCAGGGCGAAGAAAUUCGUGGUCGCCUUGUGUACGAUUAUACUGGUUCUCUUUAGUGGAACAACGGAGACAUCGAAGCCUGUGCAUCUACAUAUUCUAGUAUCUAUUCUUAUCCAAGUUAUUGUACAAUAUCAAAAACCCCCAAAGUAUUUUAUGCUGGAUAUACCCGUUGAUAAU